CUAGCCCCUACACCACUUAGCAGCAAGAAAAGAUGGCCGCCUUAGUCAGAGAGAAUAAGGAGAGGAAAGAGCGUCAAAAGCAAGCCAAGCUAAAGGCUAUCGCAGACGACCAGGCGGCGAAGAUGAAGAGAUUGGAGGAGGAGAUGAAGAGGGUACAACAGAAGGAGGAAGAAAGAAGGAAGGUUGCUGAAGCAAAAGAGGCCGCAGAAGAAGAGAGAGAGAAUGAGAAUUGAGAGUGGGGAAGGAAGUAAUGGUGGCACGAUGAAGUGGGAGACAGAUACUGAGCUGGAGAAGAAGAUCAGCGAGUGGGUCGCUAAUUUAUCGUUGGGGGAAGACGAGGAGGCAGAGUCAUAUGUGACUAAGGAUGAGAAGGCUGCACUGGCCGCUGAGUUAGCAGCCAUGACGGACCCGAUGGAACGAAGUGAGAGGGAAGACGAGCAAAAGUUAGCAUGGAACCUGAGAAUGAAGAGGGAGAAGAAGAGGAGGAGAGAGGAAGUGAAUAAGAUGACCGCAGCAGUGGCAAAGGUGCAGGAGUGUAGAGCGGAGGUGCUGGCCCAGCCAGAUGAUAAGGCCAAGUGGGACAAAGUACUGGGCUAUUUAGAGGUGUUGAGCAAGGCCUGGAUGGAGGAGCGCCAGGCAAGCUGGAGCCAGGAUGUAGCGUUGAGUGCCAUGCGGUCCGGGUUCAGGGAUUUUGCGCGCGAAAUCGUCACCCACAUUGGGGGCGAAGUCAAACAGUUGAGGGACAAUGUAGGGAAGUUUUGUGAGGUCGCCAUUCAGGGUGCCAAAGCUGCAGCCGCUGUAGAAGGAGAGGGCAGACCCCGUAAGGACCCAGUGAAACUUAAGUUCCCAGACGCCCCGGCAGGCGAAGUUAAGCCUGCCCGCUUGUUCCAUGUCUUGGGUGUAGACAACACCUUGGCACAUUGCUGUCUCAGUGCUCCCGCGUUCGCGCGAUUAGUCAAAAAGGAGCAGUUAGAAGACCAGGUCUUUGUAGUUUAUGUUAGACCUGUCACUGAGGCCCAGGAAAAGGAUAGCUCCACAGAUCCAACAAUUGCCAAGUUGCUGGAAGAAUUCAAAGACUUGACAGAGUCACCGACAGGAGUAGUGUCGCGACCCAUCCACCACAGGAUAGAGAUAGAGCCUGGCAGUAGAACUCCUAAGGGUGCAGUCUACAGAAUGUCCCCUAGAGAGUUAGAGGAGCUUCGCAAGCAGUUAGACGAACUCCUUGAGAAAGGUUGGAUCAGGUCCAGUUCGUCUCCUUUUGGAGCACCCGUUUUGUUUGUCCCCAAGAAGGAAGGAGAGCUUCGUAUGUGUAUAGACUAUAGGGGUUUGAACGCGAUCACAGUGAAGAAUGUUGAGCCGCUGCCCAAGAUAGACGAUCUUUUAGAUCGAGUGCAGGGGUGUACGUAUUUCUCUAAGAUAGACUUAAAGUCCGGAUACGAUCAGAUAGAAGUCCAUCCUGAUGAUCAGUACAAGACUGCAUUCCGGACUAGAUAUGGGCAUUAUGAGUUUAUAGUGAUGCCCUUUGGACUGACCAACGCGCCAGCUACUUUUCAGCGUUGUAUGAAUGACCUGUUUAGACCAUGGUUAGAUAUAUUUGUAGUAGUCUACUUAGAUGAUAUCCUAGUCUUUAGUAAGACCCUCCAGGAGCACCAGGGUCAUCUGAGGCAGGUCUUGGAGAAGCUUAGAGAGGCUAACAACGCGAAGAAGUGCGAGUGGGCCAAGACGCAAGUCUUAUACUUGGGCCACGUGUUGGACGAAAAUGGCAUUAAGCCAGAGGACAGCAAGAUCGAGGCGAUCAGAGAUUGGCCGACGCCCCGCAUAUUGACAGAGUUGCGGUCGUUCCUAGGCUUAGCUAUCUACUAUAGGAAGUUCGUGAGGAACUUCUCCACUAUCGCCGCUCCCUUGCGUCGAUUGCUGAAGAAAGAGGCAAUCUGGCAAUGGGACAAAGACUGUACGUCUGCGCUCAAGAAGCUAAAGCGCGCGUUAAUAGAGUAUCCUGUCCUCAAAGUUGCAGAUCCGUCUUUGCCAUUCAUCGUCACCAUGGACGCGAGUCAGUAUGGGAUAGGCGCCGUGUUGCAGCAAGACGACGACAAUGGCUAUAGACCCGUAGAGUUCUUGUCGGCGAGGAUUCCCUGUGAAAAGGUUGCUGCCUCCACGUACGAGAGGGAACUCUGCGCUCUCAGGCAAGCUUUAGAUCAUUGGAAGCACUAUCUGCUUGGGAGGCACUUCAAAGUGUAUUUGGACCACGAAACGCUUAGAUGGUUAAAGACUCAGGCCAAGAUGACAACUAAGUUGACUAGGUGGGCCGCAGAGAUAGACCAAUUCGACUUUGAGCUCAAGCCAGUGAAGGGCAAGUACAACGUAGUUGCGGAUGCUCUGAGUAGGAGAUCAGACUACUUUGGAGCUGGAGUACACUAUCUAGAUAUAGGGAAAGACCUGCAGGAGAAAGUGAGGCAAGCAUAUAUGCGCAGGACCCUAUCUAUAGCGACCUCCUAAAGAGAGUUAGAGAGGCCCCAGAGACUGAACCAGAUUACCGCACUACAGACGGGUUGUUUGAGAAGACUAAUGUGUUUGACCGCCUGAGCGUUCCCAACAGCGAAGAGAUCCGCAGUUUGAUUUUAGGGGAAUGGCACGAUACUGAAGGGCAUUUCGGUUGGCAAAAGACACUAGCCAACCUGAUGCGUCCAUAUACUUGGCCAGGAAUGAAGAAUGACUGCAUAG